AUGAUACAUCCGAAGUAUCGAAAGGGGAUCAAAAAGACUCUUUAUUUUACCUUUAGAAAACAGAAACGCAAUUACUAUCGCGCGUGUAAUUCUAAAAAUGUUUUGCCUAAGACAAUUAUUGGAACAGAUGAAUGGCGUUGCUAUUAUGUUGCACUUAGAACCUUAAAUUCCAGUGUGCCAGAUUAUGUUCAUGAAACAAUAAACUAUUCGAUAAACUUUGUUGACCCCUCAUGCCCUUCUAUACACACGCAAUCUACAGUGCGCGUCAAAAUCUUAAGACACCUAAAAAAAAAAUUUUUUCCCAUGCAAAAUCAAACAAAAUACAAUUCUAAAAUAACUAUUCGUAUUUAA